AUGCUAAUAGCCUAAAAAUAAAAUGAGCAGCAACGAAGUGUGCUUGCUCGUCGGAGCUACGGGCGUCGGGAAAACGUUGCUCUUAAAACGUCUACUCAAUAUCCUUGUUGCUCGUUUGGGAUGCUUCAAAGAUAAGAUAAAGGCUAAAAGAUAAAGGCUUAGCAGCUACUUGCUACUUUGAACGUUUCGCGUAUGCUGGAGUGUGGCAAGAUGAUGAUGAUGAGGAGGAGGAGGAGCACGGCUACUUGCAGCUAAAAAUACGACAAAUCGGACUAUUAGAAAUGAGUUUGCACGGAGCUGUUGACGUGGGUAGCCCUCCACAUACACUCCCAACUGUGGGCACCAACCUGACGGACUUGACGCUGAGGAGAAAGAAGCUGACCGUGAGGGAGCUGGGAGGCUGCAUGGGCCCGAUAUGGCGCAGUUACUUCAACGAUUGCUCCUCUGUCAUAUUCGUGGUGGACUCGGCCAACAUCGCUCAGGUGUCGUCGUCGUGCAUCCAGCUGCUGUCGGUGCUCUCUGCCCAAGCCCUGCGAGACGCUUCUGUACUUAUAAUCUUCAACAAGAGGGACACGCCUUGCACGAUGAGCCUGGCGGAGAUCCGGUCGCUGUUCCGACUGGAUGACCUGGUGGCCUGCGCUCCUCAGCCAAUCAGCACGCUGGAAGCGAGCGCCCGCUCCGGAACGGGACUCCGGGAGGUGUUGACGUGGCUGGAGUCCGUCGCCGCCAAGUGACAUUUAGUUGGCGGAAAAAAGGACGCUACGGUGACGUUUGAUUCAAAUAGUGACGAAAAUGGAGCCGAGGCACUUAUUUAGUCUAUGAAAAAUUGAUGACCAGAAAGUGGCUGAAGAUUGUGGGGCCUUAGGUUGAGGCGAUUCACAACAAAUACGUGAAGGAAACGUUAACGUUCUCUGUGAGGCUGGAGGUGCACACAUUGAAACGAAUUUGUGAACGCUGGCUAGAGUACGCAAGUACCAAUUAGAUCGGACUUUAUUUGAAUUGCACAUCAUGGGGGUGGGGGGUUAUAUCGCUACACAAGUUGAAAUGUUUGUUGUGGUUGUUAUCUUCGUGUGAUUUGAUUUUGCAAAUACUACACUGUUGACAUGGUAAAACUUGGUUAAUUGAACUUGUCAAAAUGGAUGGCAGAAAGCAAACCAUUGUACAUGGACAACAUUUUAUUGGAGUACAACAAUAUGUACGAUUAUUCAUUGUUUUGAUUUAAAGUAAAAGACAGAGCAAGUGUCAUGUUUAUUUUUUGAGAGCCCGUACCAGGAAAAAGAAACAAACAUGGUCGUUUUUGUACCGUAUGUAUAUGAAAUAGUAAAAAUGUUUUUGGGUGAAUAUAGGGAUAUUUUAAUU